AAAAGAGGCGCGCAAACUGAGGUCUACAAGUAUGCUUCAGACACAUGGCGGCCCCCAAGACAACCGCACCGACAGCAGCACGAGGGAUGACGACAGAGGGCAUGACCGGCCCAUGCCGGCGCUUUCGUUGCCCAAGAACCGCAGCACGGGCAACCUGCAUCUAUCAGCUGACCCGGCCGAUCGCAGUCGAUACCGAAUGUCCUUUGAAGCCUCGUCGGCCGGCAUCGCGGACCAUGACCCCAUCACCAGACCAUCUCCGAUCGCCGACCACGAGCACGGCUUGGGCCUCUCUGGCCUGCGCCGCAUACGACAGCAGCAUCCUCCCUCCCGAGCGCCAACUCUGCCCAGCUCAAAUGCAUCCUCUCGCAGCCCUUCCGUCGUUGCGCUUACCCGCUCUACCUCCAUGACCGCAAUGCUCAGCACCUACAGCACUCCACCUUUUGCGGGAGCUCCCAACUCCCCCAGCUUUUCUGAGGACUUGUCGCGAUUUCCGUCCGAAUCUUUGCACUCCUUUUCUUUUGCGCAUCAGUCGGAGGACUUUUUGCACAACCGCCAGAAUGUCCUGAAGCGAUCCCUCGAGUUCAUGAAGGACCGCAUGGGCCUCUCCAUGACCUCGACCCAAGCCGGCCUCGCCAGCGCCCAAGCAAGAGUUACGGGCGAUGUCGACGCGCAGCACAUGCUGGAACUUCUCGCGCGGGCGCAAGUCAUAGGCGCUGGAAACCUACCAAACCCUGACCCUUCGUCCAUUGUUGUUCCGCCACUGACUGGCCCGGCCGGCCUGCCUGCUGAAAAUGUAUUUGAGAAAGAGUUUAGUCCGAGAGCGUCCAUAUCAGAAUCGACGACGGCGCCUGAUGACACGCAUACCUUUUUACAGGAAGAGCUUGCUCGACGUAACGAGACUGCCUCUAGGCCGACGAACCUGAAGCGGACCAUGACAGACACUAUGGGCAUGGCCUUGCAAGAUAAACUGUUGGAUACAAUGUCCCAACCGUUCCUCCCCGGUGAACCCCUGUAUGAAGAGCCGCUGGGCUCUCCGGUAUCGACAACCCAGCCGGCCGCCGCACAACACAAGAGCUUCUCGGCCGCGAUGGGCCCUGCAGUACACGGACACACAAACAGAUGGGUGCCAGCCGCCCAGGCAAUCUUCACGACCGAGGCGAAACCACCGUGGACAAUCCUAGCGGCCAACGAUCUCGCAUGUCUGGUUUUUGGUGUGACAAAGGCUGAAGUCCGGAAAAUGGGUAUUCUGGAGGUUGUGCAAGAAGAGAGGCGGGCGUGGCUUGAGCGGAGACUUUUACAGUUGAGCGAUGCGGAUCUGGAAGAGGACGGCGAUGGGAACCAUAAAGCCACUCCCGCUGCAUCUGCUGCAUCCGCGUUGCUGGGCGGCAGGGGAGGCAUCACUGCUCAGCUCCUCAGCAAGCCCAACUCGAGAACUCCGCCAUCUCAGGCGGCAUCACCGAGACGCGCCCAGACGGUUCACAGCGGAGAUCCAAACCCACCGGCUACACGCACCAGCGGACACCAUCGCAACAAUCUCUCGCGCGGCGUCUUGCUGUGCGGUGACGUGGUUCCGAUUCAAAAGCGUAACGGCGCCACGGGAUCAGCAAGCCUCUGGGUGAAGGAGAAGCGCGUGGGGCUGAUUUGGGUGCUUGAGGAAAUUCACGAAGAUGUGGCGCACAUUGUUCUGGACGAGGAGGGCAUCGUACAGUCUGUUACUGGAGCAACUGAGCCAAUCUGGGGCUUCAAGUCGAUAAAGCCGGGCUUCGACGUCGCGAAGCUCAUCCCGCGAAUUCCGCGCCAGGGAAUCGACCCCAAUGAGGGCGAGAUUGACUUCGCCCAAACCAGUCGGAGGCGGUACUUCACGUGCCCCAAUUCCCACAAGUCCAACAUCCCGUGCGCCAUCGAGCAGGUCCGGGGAAAGCUUGAACUACGCGUGUCGACGUUCCCCCAUAUGGCUGGCAUCGUCGUGGUCGAGCCGGAAACGCUCAAGAUCCGAAGCUCAAACUCUGUCUUCUCCGGGGCCUUGUUUGGCUACGAGAAGCCCGAUGGCAUGCCCAUCUACAACCUCAUCCCCGACUUUGACAAGAUCCUUGCUACUCUCACAGAGGAAGACGGCCUUCAGCUGCUCGACGGCAUGGUAGUUCCAGAGCACAGAUUCCGCAGAGCAGCAGCAUUCUUCGCCUUGAAAGAACAGCGUCCCAACGCCGCCGCAGCCUUUUUGCAGCCAGAGGGUAUACCCGCAAGACAUCGCGACGGCUCCGAGCUGAAAAUCGACGUCCAGAUGCGUGUUGUUGAGAGCGAAAAGCACGUCGACAUGGCCGAAGAAAGCGACUCGGACACGGCUGAGGGAGGCGACAGACGAGCAUCUGUCUCCCAAUCAGAGCUUGUUUUUGCCCUGUGGAUUACGUAUUCACGACACCUACACACGUCUGGUCUGCAUCUGAACAUGGAAUCUCCUGAUGAUCCUGUGGCUAUAACCCCCCCUCACCAACCUUCACCAGGCCAGACUCCUGCCCACACUCCAAUGGAGAUACCUUCAGACUCCGACGAGCCCAAGAUCGAGGACGUCAAGCAACCAAUCGUUGCGAUGGCUUCCGCAAUCCCCCAGCAGAUUAAAGAUGUUGCGCUCGACGCACUCGAUGCUGCUGCGAAGCUCACGGGGACUGCCAAAACAGAGCCGCCCAAGGAGACCCCGAAGUCAGACAAGGCCGAGGACGAUGCGUCCGAUCGCAAGACCACCAUUGACGACUAUACCAUCCUUGAAGAUAUGGGCCAAGGAGCUUACGGUCAGGUGAAACUUGCUCGGCAUAAAAAGACGGGCAAGAAAGUGGUGUUGAAAUAUGUGACUAAGCGUCGUAUUCUCGUCGAUACUUGGACUCGAGACAGGAAGCUCGGAACCGUCCCCCUGGAGAUCCAUGUCUUGAACUAUCUGCGCAAACCCGAGUUCCGACACCCCAAUAUUGUGGAGAUGGAAGGCUUCUUUGAAGACGACGUCAACUACUAUAUCGAGAUGGCUCCCCACGGCCUCCCUGGCAUGGAUCUGUUCGACUACAUUGAGCUUCGUGCAAACAUGGACGAGGACGAAUGCCGGAGCAUCUUUGUUCAGGUUGCGCAAGCCGUCCACUUCUUACAUACGAGGGCCCAAGUCGUUCAUCGUGACAUCAAGGAUGAGAACGUGAUCCUCGACGGCGCGGGAAACAUUAAGCUCAUUGACUUUGGAAGUGCAGCAUACAUCAGAAGCGGCCCCUUUGAUGUAUUUGUGGGCACAAUUGACUAUGCUGCACCAGAAGUCCUGGCUGGGAAACCUUAUGGUGGCCGUGAGCAAGAUGUCUGGGCUCUCGGCAUCCUUCUCUACACCAUCGUCUACAAAGAGAACCCUUUCUACAGUAUCGAUGAGAUCAUGGACCGAGACCUGCGUAUCCCGUUUGUCAUCAGCGAGGACAGCAUCGACUUGAUCCGCUGCAUGCUGAACCGGGACGUUGCCAAGCGGUUUACUAUUGAGCAGGUGCUGGAUCACCCGUGGUGCAGGGAGCAUAUAGGCAAACAGAAGUAA